AUGUCCAACAACGAAGCCAAACAGGCCCCUAUCGUGUCUUCCACUAUCGAAGAAGAAACAAUUGCCUCUCUAAUGUCGUCUCCAGAUAUCCCACCUCGGCGUCCACGCCUCCCAGAUGGCAUCCAACAUUACUCUAGCAAGCUCGACCAUGAAAAAGGGCCACUUCGUACCACAACCGAUGGCGACCUCAAGGAAGACGGCACGGGAGACUGGCUCGUCCUCGACACACCACCACACGACAUGGAAGAUCGCAAGGCGCUCCGAAAAAGCGAUAAGAAAGUCACAAAUUCACCAGUAAUCGGACUCCCAGAGGCGAAGAACGGCGCUACUGGGCUCGACGAUCCGCGCGCGCGCAAGCCAAUCAUGCGAUAUCUGCGCAACAAAUUCUACGGCUUCGACCGUGCGCCAGUGGCGAAGGGAGAGAAUCCUGAUGUGGUAGCGAGGCGGGAGUUGCGAAGUCGCCUCACGGAUAUCCGAGGCCGGAAUGCUGUCGAGGCGGACAUGAUGGUACUGAGUAAGAUCCGAGAGCAGUACCCACUGCAGCUUUGCCAGAGCUUUGGUGGAGAUUGGCUCGAGCAUUCUAUGGAGGACGAGAAGUUUUGGCGAUCAGUUCUUGACAAGGUUUUGGAGUUGGGCACCGAGUGA